AGGGGAAAACAGCGGCACCGAUUUCUUAACGACUCGGUUCCCGGAAUUUGGAGGGGAAAUAAGAAGGAGAAAUAUUAUAAAAGAAUUAAAUUGUACAGAAAUUUGCCGCAAUUCUUCAGAGGGAGUAAUCUGUAAAUUCUAGGGUUUCUUAAUUCAAUGAUCAAUUAAUUGGUGGUUCUUCAUUCAUUCAGAAGCUUAAACCCUCACUGCUCGCCUAUUACCCGAAGUCGAAGAUUGACUCCAGCCUCCGCUAAUCAGAUUAUUCCAGAAGGUUGCAGAUGAUGUAGAAGCUCUGUCAUUUUGGCAAUUGAGGCUGUGACUUCCUCUGUGGCCGUUAAUGCUGCCGAAAUUUCUGGAAAAGUAUUGUUAAUGCUGCUUCGUUAGGGACGGAGCAAUGGAGGAUUGGCAGUUACUGGACAGUUUAGGGGUCACAUCAGUGAAACCUGAAGACAUAGAGCGGCAUGUGUUGGAGAAGGUGUGUAUAAUGAAUAUGUAUUUAUCUUACAAAAAGAAAAGAAAAGAACAAGAACAAGAAACAAUGAUCUAUCUGGAAGCUGCUGUCACUAAAUUUUGACACGGCUGAUCAUCUGGUUAUAUUAACCUCUAAAUGUUAGGUUAGUUUUGGCUAUUUGUAUCUAUCUAGUUGAUCGUAAAGUUCCAGGUGCAUAAAGUUGGAUAAUGCAGGUGAAAGUCUCUUACUUUCCAAUUGUUUUGCUGCUCAUUGCUUCCGCAAACCUCCAGAUUUUGAAAUGUGUCUUCUUUGUCAACUCCAAUCUUGUUUUGGUUAAGGUUGACAGUGAUACUGUGAGUAUAUAUAAUUGCUUUGAUAUUUUUCCCCUGGUAAAGUUAGUGCCAUAUCUGCAGACUUCAACUGUUUGACAAAUUGGAUUUCAGUUGAAUACACGGGAAUAGUAUGUCAGAUUUUAUUUGGAACAAAGUAUCUUCAAUGCUCUUUGAUCUAGAAUCUCCUUCAUCCAGUGACUUGCUGUACAACAAUUUGUCUUCUCUUUUAUGCUGUGGAUAGCCUGUCUUGAGCAUCUAUGGAAUUCUGUCAUACUGACUGUUAUUGAACUGAGAAAUCUCGGUUCUGUUCUCUUAUGCUUUUUGAAAUUAGAUUCCUCUGAGAUUUUUUGUGUUUGUCCAUCCUCUAUUAAACCUGACUUUUUGUAACAACAGCUGCUACAUUUGUUAUCAUCUGUUUUUUGCAGGUCCAGAGUAAUAUUGUAGAUGGUAGUGAGGCUGGUGAAAAUGCACAGGAAGAUGUACUUAAUAGCACAGAAAGCAAUGGAACGUGUUCUGCAAAUCUUUCUGAUCGGUAUAAUAAACUGCAAGCAGUGAAGGUUGAAAUAGAUGCUGUGAGAUCUGCUCUUGAAUCCGAAAAUGAUUUGGAAGCUGAGACAAGUCCGCCAGAAAUUGAUAUCAAGGAAGAGCAGGAAGAUGCAGAAGGAAAAGAAAAUCAAUCUCAAGCUCCAAAAAAUGGUAAAGCACUUCAAUAUGCUCUUGCUUCUGAUCGAUUAAGGAGCUUGAUGAAAAGAAAGGCCCAGCUUGAAAAAGAAAUUUCAGAGGUGUCCAAGGACGGUGAAUCUGGAAGUUUGAUAAAGAGUAUUAUCCAGGAUGAUCACAAUUCGAAAAGAAAACUGAAAGAAAUUCAGAAAUCGAGCAAACAUCAAAACAAGAAGCUGAAAAGAGCUUCCUUAACCGAGGAUGAUGAUUUUGAUUCCAUUUUAAACGCUGCAUCGGCAGGAUUUGUUGAAACAGAAAGAGAUGAGUUGGUGCGGAAGGGAAUUUACACCCCUUUCCAUAAGCUUAAAGGCUUUGAACGUCGGAUCCAAGAACCUGGUUCUUCCAGCAGGCGCGAUGUUUCAGAUGAUGCAGAUAAGAGUGAUGAUUUUGCUACCUCCAGUGUAGAUAGAGCUGCUCGGUCAAUCUCAGAGGUUGCCCUGGCUCGUCCAACGACUAAGUUGCUGGAUUCUCAAGAAUUGCCAAAACUUGAUGCACCCACACGUCCCUUCCAAAGGUUAAGAGCACCCUUAAGACUUCAUGAUUCUCUGAAGACUCAUGCUCAAGAAAAUAAAGAUAGGAAAAGGAAAAAGAAGAGGCCUCUUCCUGCCAGAAGGUGGAGAAGAUUAUCUUCCCGUGAGGAAAUGUCGAGUAGAGAAAAUGAUGGCAGGACAUUUGGUGACGAAGGCGCCAAUGGAGAAGAUGAAGAUGCGGUUGUAGACGAAACUACUUUUGUCUCACUAGAAGGAGGGCUGAAGAUUCCAGAAGAAAUUUUUGACAAACUUUUUGAUUAUCAAAAGGUUGGUGUUCAAUGGCUUUGGGAACUUCACUGUCAAAGAGCUGGUGGAAUAAUUGGGGAUGAGAUGGGACUGGGUAAAACCAUCCAAGUGAUAUCAUUCCUAGCAUCACUGCAUUUCAGUUGUAUGUAUAAGCCAAGCAUUGUUAUCUGCCCUGUCACACUCUUGCGGCAGUGGAAAAGAGAAGUUCAAAAGUGGUAUCCUCGGUUUCAUGUGGAAAUAUUGCAUGAUUCUGCUCAGGAUGUGUCUGGUAGAAAAACGCAAGAGAAUCGCAGUGAGAGUGAUUGUGACAGUGAAGAUAUGUUAGAUAAUGAUGUCGAAGGAAGUUCACACUUUAGGAAUGGCGGAAAAUGGGAUGCCUUGAUCAAUCGCAUUGUAAGGUCACAGUCUGGCCUGCUGAUCACCACAUACGAGCAACUUAGGUUGCUGGGUGAAAAGUUACUUGAUUUUGAAUGGGGAUAUGCAGUUCUGGAUGAAGGCCACCGGAUUCGGAACCCAAAUGCAGAAAUUACUCUUGUUUGCAAACAGUUGCAGACUGUGCACCGGAUAAUCAUGACUGGUGCACCUAUUCAGAACAAGCUCAGUGAAUUGUGGUCUUUGUUUGACUUUGUUUUCCCAGGAAAGUUGGGAGUGUUACCUGUAUUCGAAGCAGAAUUUGCAGUUCCCAUAUCGGUUGGUGGCUAUGCUAAUGCGACCCCUUUGCAAGUUUCCACAGCUUACAGAUGUGCUGUGGUUCUCCGUGAUUUGAUCAUGCCCUACCUUUUGCGACGCAUGAAGGCUGAUGUCAAUGCUCAGCUCCCAAAAAAGACUGAACAUGUACUCUUCUGCAGCCUUACCGAAGAGCAAAGAUCUGUUUACCGGGCAUUUCUAGCUAGCUCUGAGGUGGAGCAAAUUUUGGACGGUAGCCGAAACUCACUUUCUGGUAUCGAUGUCAUGAGGAAGAUUUGUAACCAUCCUGAUCUACUUGAGAGGGAACAUUCCCUAAAUAAUCCGGACUAUGGAAAUCCUGAGAGGAGUGGCAAACUGAAAGUUGUUGCUCAAGUGCUUAAGGUGUGGAAGGAACAGGGUCACCGGGUUCUUCUUUUCGCUCAGACACAGCAGAUGCUCGAUAUUGUUGAGAGUUUCUUAAUUGCUGCAGGUUAUAGUUAUAGGAGGAUGGAUGGCUCUACUCCUAUAAAACAAAGAAUGGCUCUGAUAGAUGAAUUUAAUAAUUCAAAUGAUGUUUUCGUAUUUGCUUUGACAACAAAAGUAGGAGGUCUUGGGACAAAUUUAACUGGUGCUGAUAGAGUCAUCAUUUUUGACCCAGAUUGGAAUCCUUCCACGGACAUGCAGGCCAGGGAGCGUGCUUGGCGUAUUGGCCAGAAAAAGGAUGUGACUGUAUAUAGAUUGAUUACACGUGGUACCAUUGAGGAGAAGGUUUACCACAGACAAAUUUACAAACACUUCCUUACUAAUAAAAUAUUGAGCAAUCCACAGCAGAGAAGAUUCUUCAAAGCAAGAGACUUGAAAGAUCUUUUCACCUUGGCUGAUGAUGUAAAUGGUCACUCUACUGAAACGUCAAGUAUAUUCAGUCAGUUACCUGAAGAUGUAAAUGUUCUCGGCACUCACGGUGAUAAUCACAUUAGAUCAUCUCCUGUGGACACUGUCAAUUGCAGUGAAAGCGAUGAACCGAAUUGUCCAGAAGCUGAAAAUGAUGGCGAAAAGAUCGAUGAUCACAAUCAGGGGGGAAUUGAUGAAGAGACGAACAUUCUGCGGAGUCUUUUUGAUGCAAAUGGUAUUCAUAGCGCCAUGAAUCACGAUGCUAUCAUGAAUGCUCAUGAUGAGGAGAAGCAGAAGAUGGAUGCACAAGCCUCUCAAGUGGCACAGAGAGCUGCAGAAGCCUUGAGACAAUCACGGAUGCUUCGAAGCCGUGAAAAUGUAGCUGUCCCUACAUGGACUGGUAGAUCUGGAGCUGCUGGCGGACCAUCUGCUGUUGGAAGAAAAUUUGGUUCUUCUGUAAAUUCUCAACUGACUAGAAGCUCAAGUUCAUCGGAUGAUCUGAUUAAUCGAGAGGCAAAGAGACCCAACGGAUUUGCUGCUGGGGCCUCUUCUGGUAAAGCUUUAUCUUCAGCUGAGUUAUUGGCUAGGAUCAGAGGGAACCAAGAGAGUGCUGUAAGUCAAGGGCUAGAACAUCAGUUUGGUAGAUCCAUUGAGAAGAAACCUUCUGGGCCAUCAAAAAACUCAGCUGUCCAGCCAGAAGUAUUAAUUCGUCAACUCUGUACAUUUAUUCAAAGGAAUGGUGGAAGAUCUGAUUCUGGCAGUAUUGUCAACCACUUCAAGGAGAGAAUACCGGCAAAGGAUUUGCCACUGUUCAAAAAUCUUCUGAAGGAGAUUGCUACUUUGGAGAAACAACCUGGUGGCUCCUUCUGGGUUUUGAAGCCAGAGUAUCAAUGA